AUGGAAAAUCAAACCAAUAAUGACGUACCUGCGGAUGCUCCUCAUGCAUGUCCAGGCACUUCGAGUAAUCUUGCUGGACGUGUAUCAGCUUGUGCUGGUUGUCCAAAUCAAGCAGUAUGUUCUUCGGGUGAAACACGACGUAUUGAUCCAGCUAUUGUUGAAAUAGGUCAACGUUUAUCAUCAGUUAAACAUAUUAUUGUUGUUUUAAGUGGAAAAGGUGGAGUUGGAAAAACAACUGUAGCUGUUAUGUUGGCUCGAGCAUUAGCACGAAAUCCUCAAUUACGUAUUGCUUUACUUGAUGUUGAUAUUUGUGGACCAAGUGUACCACGAGCACUAGGUGUUGAAAAUGAACAAGUACAUUCAAGUGGUUCUGGUUGGUCACCAGUUUAUAUAACUGAAAAUUUAUCUGCUAUGUCCGUUGGUUUUUUAUUAACAUCUCUUGAACAAGCUGUCAUAUGGAAAGGUCCACGUAAAGAUCAUAUGAUAAAACAAUUUUUAUUAGAUGUCGAUUGGGGUGAAGGUGAACUUGAUUAUUUAAUUGUUGAUACACCACCAGGUACAUCUGAUGAACAUUUAUCUGUUGUUAAUUAUUUAAAAAAUGUUUCAUCCGUAUCUGGUUGUAUACUUGUAACAACACCACAAGAAAUAUCUUUACAAGAUGUUCGAAAAGAAAUAUCAUUUGUAAAACAAAUAAAUCUUAAUGUUCUUGGUAUAAUUGAAAAUAUGUCAAUAUUUAAAUGUGGAAAAUGUCAUAAAGAAAGUCAAAUAUUUCCAAAACAUGAUGGAUUAAAACAUUUAUGUGAAAGUAAUAAUUAUGAAUUACUUGCAAGUAUUCCAAUAGAUCCAUCUAUCGCUAAAUGCUGUGAUGAUGGAACAGAUUUAUUUGAAAUUCAUUCAGAUUCAUCAACAGCGAAAGUUUAUUUAAAUUUAGCAGAAAAAAUUCAAGAAAAAUGUCAAUCAAAAUAG